UCUCUCUCUCUCUCUCUCUCUCUCUCUCUCCUCCUCAGGACCAGCUUUAGGAUCAUCAUCACUGCAGGCGGUUUAAAAGGCGGUGAAGAUGGACCGCGUGCCACUCCAGCCUCCUUUUCUCCACUCUGUAAAUAAGUGAAGUGGAUCUUCAGGAGGCAGCAAUGGCACCCUGCACGUCUCGAACUGACACAGCACAAUUGUAGAAUGCAUUCUCUGCUGAAGACGGUGUUGUUAGCGCUGAUAGCGUCGGUGUUGCUGCUGAUGGCGGUGAUGCACUCCUGGCCCACUCGAACCUACAGCAUUGUGGACCUGCGGCAGAGACCCGGCUGGGGAGUCGAGCGACUGCUGGAGGAGAGACUUCCCGACCCGGACCCGAGUGCCGGCUCCAUCCCGUACCGCAUGAAGGACAAUGUCGCAGGACUCCUGGCUCGUAAUGGCUGCGUGUGUGAGGGUGAGAGGGCCGGUGUGAAUUUCCCCUUUUCCAAAUUGCUGUUCCCACGAGUUUCUGCCCACCCACUGCACACGGCCUUCCAGCCUUCUCAGCUCGAUGUGAUGAAGAGACGCCGUGCCAAAGAGUACCAGGGCUUCCAAAUGAGGUCACAGACCCCCGCCGAUUUACUGAUUGUAGCUGAAGCUAACAGCCCACUUCAGUAUCCGACGCAAGGUGUGGAGGUGCGGCCGCUCAAGACCAUUCUCAUACCAGGCUUGGCCUUUAAAGACAUGCCAAGAGACAUUUACACUCUCAACUUCUCUGCGUCUCUCGGUACGUUUAACGUCGCCGCAGAGGUUGAGGGGGUAAAGGUCAGAGGUGAUGGUGAGAUGCACAUGACGCUGAGCAGCCUCCUCUUACCCAACCUGAACCGCCAGCUACAGUUCAUCACGUACACAAACACGCUGUUUCACCCCAGCACUGCUGACACUGUGCAGUUAGAGACGGAGGGGCAUCAGGCUGCUUUCACCAUCAAAAUCCGUCACGGCGUGACGCCCAAACUCUACAACCCCGGCUCGGACGGGGGCAAAGAGUACAACAUCAGUGCCCUCGUGACGAUCGCCACCAAAACCUUCCUGCGCUACAACAAGCUCCAGGACCUGAUUGACAGCAUACGGCUCUAUUACCCCACCGUUACCAUAGUGAUAGCCGACGACAGCGAAAACCCCAGGGUGGUGUCUGGCCCGUACAUCGAGCAUUACAUCAUGCCGUUUGGAAAGGGUUGGUUUGCAGGUCGUAAUCUGGCUGUGUCUCAGGUCACCACCAAGUAUGUGCUGUGGGUGGACGAUGAUUUCAUCUUCACUGCCAACACCAAGCUGGAGAAACUGGUGGACGUUCUGGAGAAGACCACACUCGACCUGGUGGGUGGGGCUGUGCGUGAAGCUACAGGUUACACCUCCACUUACAGACAGACCAUCUCUAUCGAAGCCGGAGAGGAGGACGGAGACUGCCUCCACAUGAGACGAGGUUUCCAUCACAUCAUCCAGGGCUUUCCCAACUGUGUGGUCACUGAUGGAGUCAUCAAUUUCUUCCUGGCUCGGACGGAUAAGGUGCGGCAGGUGGGCUUCGACCCGCGGCUGGCUCGCGUCGCCCACCUCGAGUUUUUCAUUGACGGCCUGGGCUUGCUCCACGUUGGCUCGUGUGAUGAUGUCAUCGUGAACCAUGCCACCAAGAUCAAGCUUCCCUGGGGCCAAUCAGAAAGCGACAAGGCCUACGCCAAGUUCCGCUACCCUCCGGCCUCCUCGGACGCCACGCGGACGAAAAACGGCCUCUUGUACUUCAAAAACCGCUUCCAGUGUCUAACACACAACUGAGCACACACCUCUUCAUCCUCCUUUCCCCUCGUUCUGUCUUCCUCUCCCAAAAGACGUCUCUUUUUUCAUGAGUAGCUAAAGAGAGUCUUCGAGGGGACUCGGGGUCGUGCGGGGUCGUCCUCGUCGCUACUCCCCUCAUCCAGUCUAGGAAAGAGGAACAGAAAUACAUACACAUCUAUUUAUAGUUUCCUCCUUCAGGAGGGGCUUGAAAGUCACUCAGGUGUGACUGACAUCUGAGGGACAACAGUCGCAAGAGUUUCUGUUUGGUUUUUAUUUUUAGUCAAGGAACUUUAGAUACAGAAACAUUCCUACAUACUACAUUUCUACGUCUCUGUCUUUUCUCUCCUGUCAGUCAAGGUUAAAAAUCAUCCCAUUCGAUGCUUUUUAAGAGGAAUUAUUAUUGACAGAAAAAAGAAACAUUCUUUAUUUGAAUACUAUAAAAUUAAAAAUAAGGACGAUGGACCAUUUAUUAUUAUUAUUACUUUUUUUUACCCUUAAGCACUGAAGAAGAAAAAAAAAAACUCUCAAAGGUGCAACCUGUUAUCGGACAGAAGCUCCGCCCUUGAAAAGACACGCCCAGGGGAAAGACGAACCCGAAUGCACAUCUGAGAGGCGGUGCUUCCUGAUUCCCUGACAGGCAGGUGUAGACGUGCAUGUGUUUACAGAGUGAGGAGGAGAAACCCAACACAAGCACUUCAUGGACACUUCACCACUUUCUACUGAACGACUGUGUGUGUGUGUGUGUGUGUGUGUGUGUACAGGUACUUGUGAGCACUUGAGGGUCUUCUCUGGAAAUGUUUGCACUAAAAUAAUUAGAAACACUGGAUGGAGAGAUCAGAGCCCAAGUUACUGCAGGAGGACAGAAACAGACCUGGUGUUGGUCCUCCUCUCUACCUGACGUGAGCUUCAGGAAACACUCAGUCAUCAUGUAUCUCAUAGUCAGUCCCUUUACUGAGCGACUCAUUCUGUAACUAAUCACCUGUGCUUGUGCUUUGUGGGCGGAGCUUAACAUUUACUGAUUUUUAUAACAUUCCAGAGAUAAAGAUAUAAUCAGGUGAUUUUAAAUGAUGUCUGAAUUCUGAAUUGAAAAAGAGGCCAGUGUCAUCAUUCGACAGAUUGUCGACCUUCUGGUUUAUGAACAGUUGGAUAAAACACUCCAUUACUGAAACUUUUU